CGGAGCGCGCACCCCGGGCGCGGCUGACAGAUCGCCGCGGUGGGUGCAAGAUGGCGCAAGCGGCGCUCUCCGUGAUACCCGAUCCCCGCUAAGGCCGGCAUGCGGCCCCAGCCUCCCGCCGCCCGGGCUCGGCCCCGGCCCGAGCCCCGGCCCCGGCUCCGGCGCCGGCCCCGCGGGACGCUGUGAGCCCAUGAGACCCCCCCACCCCCCCCACCCCCUGAGCAGCGCCGUGCGUCGCCGAGCCCAGCGGACCGAGAGACCGAUGGCUGAGCCGCGCACCGCGUCCCCGCGCCGCCUGCCCGCGCUGCGCCGGCCCCAGUUUCUGCCGCCGUUGCUGCCGCCGCCGCCGCCGCUGCUGUUGCUGCUGCUGCUGUUGCCGCUGCCUGCGCCAAGCCUGGGUCUGGGCCAUUCUGCUGAACUGGCAUUUUCUAUGGAGCCAAAUGAUGAUAUUGCCAACCCUGGGCAGCCCAUAGUGCUGGGCUGCAAAGUGGAGGGCACCCCUCCAGUGCAAGUCUCCUGGAGGAAGAAUGGAGCAGAGCUACCAGAGGGCACCCACACCACCUUGCUGGCCAAUGGCUCCUUGCUGAUCCACCACUUCAGGCUGGAGCAAGGAGGUAGCCCUUCAGAUGAGGGUGAUUAUGAAUGUGUGGCUCAGAACCGCUUUGGGCUGCUGGUCAGUCGGAAGGCUCGUAUCCAGGCUGCAACUAUGUCCGACUUCCACGUGCACCCCCAGGCCGUCACGGGUGAGGAGGGUGGUGUGGCCCGCUUCCAGUGCCAAAUCCAUGGGCUUCCCAAGCCCCUGAUCACAUGGGAGAAGAACAGAGUCCCCAUUGACACGGACGAUGAGAGGUACACACUACUGCCCAAGGGAGUCCUGCAGAUAACAGGACUUCGGGCUGAGGACAGCGGCAUCUUCCACUGUGUGGCCUCAAACAUUGCUAGUGUGCGGGUCAGCCACGGGGCCAGGCUCACUGUGUCAGGCUCCGGCUCUGGGACCUACAAGGAGCCCACCAUCCUUGUGGGGCCUGAGAACCUCACCCUGACAGUGCACCAGACUGCAGUGCUGGAGUGUGUCGCCACGGGCAACCCGCGCCCCAUUGUGUCCUGGAGCCGCUUGGAUGGCCGCCCCAUUGGGGUGGAGGGCAUCCAGGUGCUGGGCACAGGAAACCUUAUCAUCUCAGAUGUGACCGUCCAGCAUUCAGGUGUCUAUGUCUGUGCAGCCAACAGGCCUGGCACCCGGGUGAGAAGGACGGCCCAGGGUCGGCUGGUGGUACAAGCCCCAGCAGAGUUUGUCCAGCAUCCCCAGUCCAUCUCCAGGCCUGCUGGGACCACAGCCAUGUUCACCUGCCAAGCGCAGGGGGAGCCACCGCCUCAUGUCACAUGGUUGAAGAAUGGACAAGUGCUGGGGGCAGGAGGCCAUGUCAGGCUCAAGAACAAUAACAGCACACUGAGCAUUUCUGGAGUCGGACCUGAAGAUGAGGCCAUCUACCAAUGUGUGGCUGAGAACAUUGCCGGCUCGUCGCAAGCCAGCGCCAGGCUGACCGUGCUGUGGGCCGAGGGGUUGCCAGGCCCCCCACGCAAUGUCCGCGCUGUCUCUGUGUCCUCCACUGAAGUUCGAGUGUCCUGGAGUGAGCCUCUGGCCCACACCAAAGAGAUCAUUGGCUAUGUCUUGCACAUCAGGAAGGCUGCCGACUCACCCAAGCUAGAGUACCAGGAAGCUGUCAGCAAGAGCACCUUUCAGCACCUGGUGAGAGACCUUGAACCCUCCACUGCCUACAGCUUCUACAUCAAAGCCUACACACCACGAGGAGCCAGUUUAGCCUCUGCCCCCACCCUGGCCAGCACCCUGGGUGAAGCCCCUGCCCCACCCCCAUUAUCUGUGCGGUUACUGGGCAGCUCCUCUCUACAACUGCUAUGGAAGUCCUGGCCACGGCUGGCCCAACACAAUGGAGGCUUCAAGCUGUUUUACCGCCCAGUCAGUGCAACCUCCUUCACCGGCCCCAUCUUGCUCCCUGGGACUGUCUCCUCUUACAACCUCAGCCAGCUUGACCCCAGCACCGUGUACGAGGUGAAGCUCCUCGCCUACAACCAGCAUGGAGACGGAAACGCCACAGUCCGAUUUGUGUCUUUGAAGGGAGCCUCUGAGAGGACAGCCCUGACUCCCCCAUGUGACUGCCGGAAGGAAGAUGUCACCAACCAUACAUCCACUACAGGCAUUGUUAUCGGCAUCCACAUCGGAGUCACCUGCAUCAUCUUCUGCGUCCUCUUUCUUCUGUUUGGCCAGAGAGGCAGGGUCCUCCUGUGUAAGGAUGUGGAAAACCAGCUCUCCCCUCCCCAGGGUCCCCGGAGCCAGAGGGACCCUGGUAUCCUGGCCCUGAAUGGACUGAGCCGAGGAGAAGGGGGCCAGCUGAGCCGAGAUGAAAAGCCGGUGGACGCCAAGGAGUUGGAGCAGCUGUUCCCCACAGCUGGGUCAGCUGCACAGCCAGGCUCCAGGCCCACGGAUCCCGCAGCCCCUGCUCCAUGUGAGGAGACCCAGCUCUCCAUGGUGCAGCUUCAAGGCUUCAACCUUGUGGCAGGGAGGACAACAGAGGCCACGUCACCCUGUGCAGGGCCUGGGCCUGUCCCAGCACCCCAGGAUGUAGGUCUUGUCCCCCUCAGUGAAGGACAGACCCAGCCUCCAGCAGUCGCCGCGCCCCAGUGAGCUCACUGUGUUCCCGAGGGGCGGUACCCCAUUCUCAGGUCAAAGGCGAGGUUUUUCCUGUUAGGUGGGAUUUGGAGCUCGCCAGUGAAGGUCAGGGUUCUCAAACCACAGGAACCAGUGGGUCCUACAAGCAAGACAUCUCCCUGCUCAAGCCAAUUUCCCCUCACCAAUGCCUGCUGCCCACAGGACUUAGGAAACAAAUGUUUUCCUUUAAAAAAAAAAUCAAAAUUUAAAAGUCAAAAAAGGAAGAUGAAAGAAGAGAGAGAGAGAGAGAGGAAGUGAAUUAUACUCCAAAAAUAUGUCCCUGCUGUGGCCCGGCCCCUGACGCUGUCACCCUGCUCGGACCUUGUUUUCUCAGGAUGGAUUUUGAGCUGUUGUGACUCUCAGCACCUACCUCAGCCGGAAUGAAUGUCCUUGGGGGUAGCGGGGCAGUAGCCUCCGCCUCUACCCCACAGAGCCCGAAAGCACUCCUACCUCAAGCUCCUUAAUAGGGGCCCCUCCCACCUAUAUUGCUGCCCAGAGUAAUAGAAAAAGGAGAAAAAAAAAAAAAAAAAAAAAAAAAAAAAAAAAAAACCUAACCCCCAAAAGAACCACUGUCCCAACUCCAAGUGUGAAAGAAACUGUCUACCUCAGGGCUCACGGCCCUCAGUGUGGGCCUGUGCUGUCACUGGACCCUCCCCGGCCUCCUUCAUCCCUGGCCUAGCCUACCUCUCCCCUACAGAGGAGGCUGUAGCUAGGUGACAUGGGGGCUUACAGAAAUAGAGAUGAAACUGGUCAGAAAGAAAAUGUGAAACAAGCCAAAAACAAGAGGAAAGCUGUUCCUUGAAGUAUAAAUUGUCCCAAACUAGUCACAUCCCUGCCUGCCACCUGAACUUCGUCUCCUGUGUCUGUCCACCCUUGUUCUGAUCUUCUCAGACAAGCCACUGGCCACCUGCGUCCCUAUCAUCCUCCCUGCCUGGGUUUAGGGAAGGUGGGACAUAAUCUGCCUCCUGUUCUCCCAGACGUAGGGCCGUCUCUGGAAUGUAUUGCAUUGUGUGGAGGUGGGUGCUCUCCCAUAGAGGCACACCAGCUUUCUGGGACCCAGGUAACCUGACCUGCCCAGUCAGCAGGGGUGGCCAAGAGUUAUUUUUUUAUGAGGUGUGUUUACAUUUUAUUUCUCUUUUCUGUUGUAUUGUUCUUUAAACUACUUAGGUUAAAAAGUAAGAAACAGAAAGGAAAAAAAAAACCCACAAAUACCUAUUUUUGGUUACACUCAGAAACAUUUUUUUAAAUAGCAGAAGAAAAACUUUUUUUAAUGAAAAAAAAAAAAGGUUAAGUGUAUUCUUUAAAAAAUGAGGUUAGAACAUAAAGUCCCUGACCCCAAAUCCUCUAGGGACUCCCACCCUGAACUCUAGAGAAUUAGCUAAACGGUAGAAUUUGUGGCGUUUCAUUAGAAACCUAGACUUUUGUCCAAGUGGACUUGGGAAGGGCAGUCUGUCCCUUCUCUCAAAUGGUAGGUGGAUUCUAGGGCUCUUCCCACUCUGAGCCAGUGUCCUCUGUCCCCAAGUUGCUUCUCUGUGGCAUUCCAUUUUUCUUUGGUCAGAGAGGCUAGGGGAGAGGGGACUGGCAGCCUCUUUGGCCUGACUUGGGUUUGUCACAGUGGAUUCAUUUUAACUGAAUAAAAGUACUGUUGCCAAAGUGAA